AUGGCCAAAACAACUUUGGACCUUCCUGAUUGGACUGCUACUGUGGAGAUAGUUGUCGUGGACGGAGGAAUUUCCGAAAGAUCUAAUAAUGAAAGGAGCAAGAAAAAGAAUGAGGAGAGUGGGAAAGAGAAUGAGGAGAGUAAGAAAGAUGAGGAGAGUAAGAAAGAGAAUGAGGAGAGUAAGAAAGAGAAUGAGGAGAGUAAGAAAGAGAAUGAGGAGAGUAAGAAAGAGAAUGAGGAGAGUAAGAAAGAGAAUGAGGAGAGUAAGAAAGAGAAUGAGGAGAGUAAGAAAGAGAAUGAGGAGAGUAAGAAAGAGAAUGAGGAGAGUAAGAAAGAUGAGGAGAGUAAGAAAGAGAAUGAGGAGAGUAAGAAAGAGAAUGAGGAGAGUGGGAAAAGGAACAGAUAA